CCGCCACCGCCGUAAUUUGCAAAAUUUAAAUAAACUAUUCUGAGGAAGAGAAAAUAAGAGAUUAUCUCAAAGCUUCAGAGAUUGACUAGAAAGACAGCUCAGCAGCAGCGGUAAGUUCAGUCUCAGUCGUGCUCUCUAAAAGAUCGAUGGUGGUUGUGGUCGAAUAGCUUAACAAAAUAAAAUAAAAAGAACAACAAUUAACACUAAACCUUGUUGUUCUCUGGUCGGUCAGUGCAGGUCAGAAGAUAACGAACCAGUCAAGGUCAGAGAUUAAAAGAAAGACUAAAAACAGAAAACAAAAACAAAAACGAAAACAUUUCCAAGUAAUUUCAAUGAUGUCUUCGAAAUGGAGCACCAACACUUAUAAAAGACAUGGCAUUUGUAAAAUGUCAACUGCAGGUGCAUUGAUUUUAUGCUCCCUUGUGCAGCUAUCAAUUGGACAGAAUUCAUGUAGAACCCCAGACAAUAGAAAUGGCAAUUGUAUCUCAAUACACAACUGUCCACGUCUCCUAACACUUAUCCAGCAACGUCCACUCCCAGCCGAGGACAGAAUAUUUGCCCAGAAAUCCCAAUGUCGAGGUGGAACUGGUCAAGCACCGCAUGUUUGUUGCACACCAAAUGAUUCUGUCUCCGGAAACGUUCAAAUUCCUACACCUGCUUCAACAGCAGCUGGAGCAGGUGGAGAAGGUGUUAUAUUACCUUCUGCCCCAAGAUGUGGACAAGCGGCUAUUGGUGAUAGAAUAUACAAUGGAAAUGACACUCUCUUGGAUGAAUUUGCUUGGAUGGUACUUCUGGAAUAUGCCAAAGGUAGUAGCAAGCCGCAAAUUAACUGUGCUGGAAGUCUAAUCAACCAGAGGUACGUCCUAACAGCAGCACAUUGUUUAACGGGAGCUAUUCUGCAGGCAUCUGGGAAAUUAGUUUCUGUACGAUUGGGUGAAUAUGAUAAGUCCAAGCCCAUCGAUUGCAUUGGAAAUGAUUGCGCAGAUCCUAUCGUUACAAUGGGCAUUGAAGAGUCAAUACCACAUCCCGAGUACGAUGACUCAAGUUCAAACAGGCAAAAUGAUAUUGGACUUAUACGUCUUGAUAGAGUUGUUACGUACAGUGAUUUUAUUAAACCAGUUUGUCUCCCGUCGGCAUUGGGGCUGCAACCAUCAAUUCGAACGGGUACUAAUUUAAUCGUAGCUGGUUGGGGCAGAACACUGAAUUCUCGACAAAGUGACAUCAAGCAAAAGCUCUACAUACCCUUAAAUGAUUUUGAACAAUGUUCUCAGAAAUUUGCAGCGAAACGUGUACAUCUUUCUACUUCUCAAUUAUGUGUGGGUGGAAAAUUCACUGAAGACAGUUGUGAUGGCGACUCGGGUGGUCCACUUAUGAUGGGAGAGGAUGCAACAAACUACGCAAUUGUAGGUAUAGUCUCGUUUGGAAACAAAUGUGGUCUUGAAGGAUGGCCAGGAAUUUAUACAAAAGUUUCUGAUUAUGAAGAUUGGAUAAGGAGCACUCUUCGACCUUGAAGUUAGAUUAUGUAAACCAAAAAUAGGAAAAACAAAAAUGUGUACAUAAUAUAAAUGUAGCUUUUAGCUUGGACAAUAUUAUUCAAUGGAAAUAAACGAAAUUUUGAUGAA